AACAAAACCGUCACGCUAUUCACUCUCUUUCUAUCCUUUUGACAUCUACCCUAUGAAGAGAUGAAAAAUCCAGCCCUUGACAUUCGAAGAAGCUUCAUGUCGUUAGUACCGCAAAAUAACUGCCGCAAAAUAAUGCACACGCAUUGAUUAGAUGACCAUAUUCUUGGCACCUGCACGAGGAAUUCAAGAAAUAUAGGCCUCUCUCCGUUGGCAAAAAGGCACAAGAUGAUGAAUAGUAGAUGAGAACGUGUACUUGCAUAGUUCACCAACUCUUCCCUCCUCUUAUCAGUGCCCCCAUCUACCUGCAUAUUCACCCCAAUAUUCUAUCUCGUAGACAUAUAAAUAACAGCGUACAGAAGAACUUCAAGAAGAAGCUCGAACGGGAAAAGAAAUUAAAAAUGAAGGAAUUGGAAUCUGAACGGGCAAACGGCACAGACCCAGAAAAACCCACGGUCUGUGUUCUCGAUUCCUCAACCUACGUGGGUUUCUGGGUUCUCAGAGGAUUGCUUUCUAAUGGGUACACUGUUCAUGCGGCUGUCCAAAUAAAUGGCAAGAUUUCCUCUCUCUCUCUCUCUCUCUCUCUCUCUCUCUCUGUACACUGUACAGUGUGUGUUUUCAGAGGGCAGUUUUGUGACACUGAAUUGUUGUUGGAAAUUGAAUUUUCUAUGUGGGUUUUUUUUUGGUUUGAUGCAGGAGAAGCUGAAAUAGUGAAGAAAAUAAGGGAUAUGGAGGGGAUAGAGGAGGGAUUAGUGGUGUAUUCUGUUGAUGUGUUGGAUUAUCAUAGCAUUCUUGAAGCACUCAAGGGAUGUUGUGCUUUGUUCUGCUGUUUGGAUAGCCAAGAAGGAUAUGAUGAUAAAAUGGUGGAUUUGGAGGUUAGAGGAGCAAUCAAUGUGGUAGAGGCAUGUGCACAGACGGAUAGCAUACAGAAGAUUGUGUACAAUUCUUCUCUAACUGCAGCCAUAUGGAGGGAGAAUAUUUCCUCAGAGAAGGAUGUAGAUGAAAAGUCUUGGAGUAAUCAAGAUUUCUGCAGGAAAAAGAAGUUGUGGUAUGCAUUGGCAAAGACACUCUCAGAACAGGCUGCUUGGGCUCUAGCCAUGGACCGGAUGGUGAACAUGGUGUCUGUAAACUCUGGUCUGGUUCUUGGACCUUCUGUUGCCAAAAAGAAUCCCCAAAUUACAAUGUCAUAUCUUCAAGGGGCGGCUCAGAUGUACGAAAAUGGAGUCCUGGCAAUAGUUGACGUGAACUUCCUAGCUGAUGUUAAUAUUCGAGCUUUUGAGGAUCAGUCAACGUGUGGGCGAUACUUCUGCUUCAAUCAAAUUGUGAAUACUGAACAAGAAACUGUGAAACUCGCGGAAAGCUUGAGUCCUCUGAUCUCCUUACCGCCUAGGAAUGAAUGCCAAGGGAGUGAAGUGUUUGCUGAGAGAUUGAGGAACAAGAAAUUGAACAAGCUGGUUGAGGGCACUGCCUGUUAGCAUUAACCCUGCCAUGUUACAUAGAUUUGUAGCUUGUAGCUUUGAUAUUGUAAAUGUAAAAGUCAUUCCUUAUGUAGACCUGGUAAUCAUAUGUUAAUUUAUUCAAUCCAUUAUCAUCGUCGUUUCUGUGAUUU